CUCUUCUCAGACUCUGUGAAGGAUGCAAAGGAGCAGGGCAGAAAGAAGAAACAAGGUGGCACACCUAGGGAAACUUACUACUUGCAGCUUGCUCAUGCUGUAUUUGAAAAUGAUGAGGAUCCUGAGACAAGACUUCUCUUCGAGCAGAACCCCCAGGUUUUCAUCAAGCCUGUCCAGACACGGUUUGGAAUACUCAAGAAGAAAUACAACGAGGUCAAUAAGUCCCUCAAGCAGUCAGGCACUGGAAUAACAUUUGAAGACCUCCAGAAGGACCCAGAGAUGAAAACACUACUUGAUUCACACUUGGUGAAGUUCCUGUGGUGGCCAGACCUUCAUGGUUGGUGGAGAACCAACCCUGCAUAUAACACCAUGUCGUCCUCUGCAGACCCUGGGCAAGACUUUGAAUCUAAUGCACUC